AAUUCUGCAUCUGUUUGGUUGCUAAGAAACGGAGGAAAAUAAAAAUAUAUAUAGGAAAAUUUUGAGUUUCGUCUUUGAUUUCGUAUCAGGCUCGGUUGAGUGAAUGUUUUUGUUUAUUUCAAGUCCUUUUAGUUUCUUUUGUUUUCCUAAAUUUUCUUAGCAACCAAACGGAGCCUAAGUUCAGGUUUGGCACUUCAGUUUCUUUGUGCUAUGAGUUUAUACUCGUCUAGGGUUUCGAUAUUCUAUGAAAUCUAUUCCUCCCUGUGAAAAUAAUAAAAAUGUGGUGAAUUUUUUUUUUUUUGAAUUUAGGUUUUCUUGACUUUUGAUCUCUCAUUUUAGAGAGAAUCAUGUGGGGCUGCAUAGCUACAUUUGGUUGUAUAGAAUUGGAUUUUAUUUGGCAUUCCAAUUGUAUGGAAUUCGAAAAUCAUGCAAUAACUGUGAAACAGAUGUUGUGGAUUUGGGGUGGAUGGAACUUGGAUCCAAUUUCAAACACAUUGUUUGUAAGGAAACCAAACAGUGGAUUGCUAACUAUGAUUUAUGUGAUAUUUGAUGUUGAGAUCUCCAAAACAGAAAAAGAAGAGAAAAGAAAAUAAAACCUAGGACCUGUUUGGCAACUGAUUUUUAAAACAUUUUUCUGUUUUCUUAGAAUAGAAAACAGCUUUCAAAAAGUGCACAUGGCAAAAUUUAUUUGGAGGGAAAAUGUCUAUCAAAAAAAAGGGAAAACAACUUCUUAAGAAUUUGUCUAAAGACGGUGAUUUUUUAAAACAAAUUUAGAGCGUUUUUCUGGUAUUUUUUGUAGAGUUUUCAAGGAAAGAGUCAGAAACAUAGGGAAUAGGCCUCAAGUAUUCCAUUGUCCACAAAAGCACAUUGUCUUCACUGAGAAUAGACCAAGAAAACUGUGGAGAAUUACAGUAAGACUAGAGCCAGGGUCUCCAUCACACUCCAAGACUGGCAAAAGAAAUUGACAUUCUUUAUGAAGCAGUUAUAUAUAUUUGAGUUUCUAAACAUAAUUUUAUUCCUGAAAACAAUACAAAAUUGUUCUCAAAAAUUGACUUUUGAGAACUGUUAUUGGAAAUUGCUUUUUAAGAAUUGCUUUGGAAAAUGUUGCCAAAUGUACCCUUAAUAAUCUCAGAAGAAUUUCUUUUUGUAGUUAGUUUUCUGCUUUCUUUAUCACCAAGAUCAACUGGUUUUUUUUGUUAACUUUUGAUUAAGCUGACUCAACCAUCUAUUGAUUCUUUUCCGGUUCUUGGUGUAGAAACUUACCUCAGCCACCUUAUUAAAUGUUGGAAUGAAGCAGAUUUUUUUUUUUGGUAUGUAGUCAUAUUGUAUAAGAACAAAAUAAAAUGCACAUAAGAAAUUGUCUUUACCAUAUGACUCUUCUUCAUAGGCACCAAGGACUCCAGAUCACUGGAAUGUCCAAAUGUGCCACAAAAUCAACAUUAUUUCUGUAUUGAUGAUUUCCAGACAACUCUGACCAGGAUUUUCAUACAAAACCUUGAUAAAACCAAUUUAGAUCAACAGCUGAGGCUGAAAAGUAACAGAGGAAGAGCAACAAUUUUGGAGGUCAUCAGUGCAUGACACACCAAUUAUCAUUGAAUUUCCUGCACAAAGAAUGUAACUUUAGUAGGCAUUAGAGCCCUCCAAAUCUCCAUGGUUAAAAAUCCUCAUUUGGUAAGAGUUAUAAGAUUUGACAUGGACAAGGCACUGUGAAUUUGGAUGAUGCUGCUAUAUAUUGCUUGUUAGGUAAAGGUAUUGGUUAUCACCCAUGGACACUAACUUUUAAGAUCUAUGAUAUCUAGCUUGUUCCAUCCUACAGAAAUAGGAUUUCAUUAUUUUUUAUAUGACAUUUCUCACAGAUUUCGCAAGUUUCACAUAUACUUCCACCAUAAGGCAGUUUUGUGGGGAUCCAGGAAAUUUGAAUUGGAAAUGAGAAAAAAAUUAUUUUACCUUUAUGCAGUUGAACAAAUAGUCUCUGAUGACGAUGAAAUAGACUACUCCAUCAAACCAGAAUUUUAUGACUCAGAUCUUGAUGAGAAAGAUGAAUUAUGGGUUCAGAAGAAAAGAAAAGGGCGUACUACUUCUGAUGCUGUGCUUAGCUGCCCAGGUUGUUUUACCACCCUCUGCCUAGAAUGCCAAAGGCACGAGAAAUAUGUGACCCAGUACAGGGCCAUUUUUGUUGUUAACUGCAAUAUCAAGAGUGAACAAGUGUUGCCGCAAAGAAGCAUAAAACCAAAAAGGGGCAAAAGAGGAAGGGAGUCUGAUAAGAGUGUACCUGUUUCUGUUGAUGGUGAAACAUUCAAGCCAGUACACUGUGGAGUUUGCUCAACGGAAGUUGGAGCCAUUGACGAAGAUGAGGUUUAUCAUUUCUUCAAUAUUCUUCCAAUUUUAACAGGCUUUUGCCUUGGGGCUCACCUCGUGGGAAGGCUCAAACUUGUGGCUUAAGUUACUUAAUGUUCACCUCCAGUGUUCGAUUAUCAUUAGAUAUUUUUCUUAUAAAUGUUCAUCUUCCAACAUAAAUGAAUCAGUUGUUGAAUAU